GUGAGAGUAUUGCUUCAAGGGACUUGACAGUUCAAGAAACUAUAUAGGGUAAAACAACAAUUUGCAUUUAUGUAGCAUCUUCAGAAUGUGGCCCUGUGGUUUUUUGAACUCGAGGCUUCAAGGUUAUUUCUCCUGUACUGCAACCGCUACACUACCUACCUGCUAGACACUGGCCUUCCAUCUUUGGACUUGGAUUCAAUUGCUGCUCAGGCUGAUGAGGAAGAAUGCAUCUGAAUCCAGAACAAGUUGCCUUAAUUGGACAAGUGUUUGAAUCUUAUGUUGUAGAACUCCACAAAAAUGAUAUCAUCCACAUUCUGCAAGAGCCAGAUAAUGGUGCUCACUAUCCCGUCACUGUGAAUGCACUGACACUGUUUGAAAUCAGUAUGGAGAUUGGUGAAUACUUAAAUGCAUUUCCUAAUGAACUGUUUCCAAUAUUUGACAAUGCACUGCACAGAGCAACCAUGACAAUUCUACAGUCAUAUCCAGAACCACAUAAUUUGGUGAUGAAACAAAACCUUCAUGUGAGAAUUUCAGGACUGCCACUUUGUCCUGAAUUGACAAGGGAUCGCAUUCCAAAAACCAGAGAUGUAAGUCAUUUCCUUUCAAUUAUUGGCACAGUCAUACGUACUGGAAUGGUGAAGGUGCUGGAUUUUGAGCACGAGUACAUGUGUAACAAAUGCCGACACAUCUUCACGGUGACUGCAGACUUUGAACAGCAUUACACCAUCUGCCGUCCCACAUCCUGCCCUAAUCCAGAAGGUUGCAACUCAGUGAAAUUUACAUGCCUAUCUGGAGCCUCAUCCUCUCCUGCGAGUUGUAAGGACUACCAAGAAAUCAAAAUUCAGGAACAGGUUCAGAGGCUGUCUGUGGGCUGCAUACCUCGAUCUUUGUUGGUUGUAUUGGAAGAUGACCUUGUGGACACUUGCAAAUCUGGUGAUGAUAUUACUGUUUAUGGUGUGGUUAUGCAGAGGUGGAAACCUCUCAGUCAGGACUCCCGUUGUGACCUAGAACUUGUCCUGAAAGCCAAUAACCUCGAGGUGAACAACGAACAGCCAACUGGAGUUAUUAUUGAUGAGGAUGUCCGGAAAGAAUUUGAAAACUUCUGGGAGAACUACAAAGAUGACCCUCUAGCAGGGAGAAAUGAAAUUCUGGCCAGCCUUUGUCCACAGGUAUUUGGAAUGUAUGUGGUUAAACUAGCUGUUGCCAUGGUGUUGGCAGGUGGGGUUCAAAGAACUGAUGGAGCAGGCACAAAGGUUAGAGGAGAACCCCAUCUCUUACUGGUGGGAGAUCCAGGUACUGGGAAAUCUCAAUUUCUUAAAUAUGCAGCAAAAAUUGUGCCUCGAUCAGUACUGACAGCUGGAAUUGGAUCUACCAGUGCAGGUUUGACUGUGACUGCAGUAAAGGACUCUGGUGAGUGGAAUUUGGAGGCAGGAGCACUGGUUCUAGCAGAUGGAGGGCUAUGCUGUAUUGAUGAGUUUAACAGUAUUAAAGAGCAUGAUAAAAGCAGCAUCCAUGAGGCAAUGGAGCAGCAAACUAUAAGUGUGGCAAAGGCAGGCCUAGUGUGCAAGCUCAACACAAGAACCACUGUACUAGCAGCUACAAAUCCAAAAGGCCAGUAUGAUCCCAAUGAAUCUAUUACUGUUAAUACGGCACUUGCCAGCCCACUCCUGAGCAGAUUUGAUCUGGUAUUGGUACUCCUGGACACCAAAAAUGAAGAAUGGGACAAAGUUAUAGCUUCUUUCAUUCUGGAAAACAAAGCAUGCCCAACCAUCUCUGAAAAAUUGUGGAGUAUGGAGAAAAUGAAAACCUACUUCUGUCUCAUCAAAACUUUACAACCUAAAAUUUCUGGCGAAGCAAAUAAAAUCCUUGUGAAGUAUUACCAAGUCCAACGUCAAAGUGGGUUCAGAAAUGCAGCAAGAACCACAAUACGCAUGCUCGAGAGCCUGGUCCGUUUAGCUGAAGCUCAUGCAAGGCUGAUGUUUAGAGAUACAGUAACUGUUGAAGAUGCCAUCACAGUGAUCUCUGUAAUGGAGUCUUCCAUGCAGGGAGGUGCUCUACUUGGUGGUGUGAAUGCACUGCACACUUCCUUUCCAGAAAACCCAAAAGAGCAGUACAAAAUGCAAUGUGAACUGUUACUAGAAAGACUGGGUCUAAAUGACAUUCUCCAUCAAGAGCUACAGAGACUUGACAGAGUUCUGAAUGAAAAAGGGCAUCAGCUACCUACUGGAUGUACAAAUUCUAGUGACAAGUCUGAUCAGUUUUCUGAUUCUGCUCUUCAUUCAAAAAGUGAUGACGUGAAGUCCAGUGCAGUUCAAGAUGUUGAUCAAGCUGACAGUGGUCUGACCUGGUUUGUUGAUUUUCAAAGUGAAAAUCAUGAGACAGAGCCAAAAGGAUAUGAAGUUGCACAGAACAAAGCUGCCACGAAAGAAAUGCCAUCAGAAAAUUCUUAUCAAAGCCUUUUCCCUAAACUAAGUGCCAAUCCACCGCCAAUAAAAAUUGCAUUGGGAAAUGCAACAAAUGCAAAUACUUCUAACAGCAUUUUACAACCUGAAAGUUCUCGUGGUCCAAAUCAUGUGAGUUCUGCUGGUCCAGCCAUUGAAAAUUCAGAAAUUGAUAAAACUGCUUUCACUGACUACUUAAAAAGACCGGCAAAUUCUGAGAUUUGUGCUACUUCAGACACAUCUAGUUCUGCUGUAACAGUGCGGGUAUCAAAAAAGCUUCAUGCUUCCCGGGUUUCACAAAGUGGAGUGUUGUACAAAAGUGACAAAGCUCUUGGCAAACAUCACUCAAUUGAAUUAAGUCAAACUAGUGCACUUUCUAUUCUAGCUAACACUUGUUCAGAUGAUCUCUGUACAUUAAAUGGUGGCAGUUCAGACCAAGGUUCUUCACGUGGAAUGCAGGCUGCAGCAAAUAAGUCAAUACAUCCACUUGGAACAAAGAAUGCAGUACAGGAAAGUGACACUGUACCCCCAGACUCUGAAACUCAUAGGAAUUCUAACCAUCUACUGACCAAACUGAAAACUUUUGCAUUCAAACCAAAGCAGAAACUAAGACAUUCAGUUGUAGAUAAUUCUACUUCUGAGUCUUUGAUGCUGCGUCCUGACACUGCUAGAGUUGGGGAAUUAAAUACUCAAUCGGUGUAUGCUUCUGAACAGCUAACACAAGCCAGAAAUCGUGGUGAAAGUCCCCAAACAGUGCAUGCUUGUACCUCUGAAAGUAGAUUCCCACACAAAAUGAAAAGCAAAGGACCAUGUGUUAUUGACUGCAAUGGAACAGAAUCAUCCUUCGAAUUGCAUAAGACUUUAAAUACCACACACGACGUACAAAAAUUGACAUUGCAUGAAUCAAAAUCUUCACUUUCUGCAGAGCCCAAAACUGACCAACAAACUAGCCGAGGUUCAGCUAUGGCAAGCCAGGGGAAAGUGGCCUCCAGUACAUUAGCAAAACUGGCUAGUUUCUCUUUUAGUCCACCUUCUGAAAAGAAAACUGAAAAGAACACAACUGAAAAGGUUGUGCAGCUGAAUAGUGUGGCACAAAAUUCAGAUACUGACUCUGCGGCAUCAUCUAGAAAGAGGAAGACCUUUGGAUUUCCAUCAGCUGGUUCUAUGGCAGGUGUUAUGAGCAAGUACCUCUUUUCUACUGAUGAGUUGGAAGAUGAUUGUAUUCUGGAUUUUGACUGGGAUGAAGAAGCAAGGAAAAAACCCAGAGCAUAAUUGGUGUCUUUCAGGUGUGCACCACAGUGACUCUCUUUAAAAAUAUAUGCCUUUUUCCCCACCUUUUGUGACUAACCCAUCUGAAACUACAAACACAGUGGUGCAUCCCACUGUCAGAAUUUAAUAUCACCUGCUUGAAAAGAAAAAUUGUCUAUUUCAUAAGAGAUAGAUCCAAUGUUGGAAGAAACAAUUGUUAAAAAGCUAACAUUCUGUACCUAACUAUUGAGACAUUUUUUAAAUAUGCGCUCCUGACUGAAAAUUCUGUUCAGGCAUAUGCAUAAUUUCCUCGUACAUGCAUCCGGUAUGCAAAGUUGCACACCAGCACAUAUUUGUAAAAUGUCUAAAAAGAGGCAAAGGAAAUGAGCUGAAUUGAUUCAACCCAUCUGAAAUUCUCUGAUAGUAGUUGAUUAUUAACUACCGCCAGACAAAGUUGUAAAUAAGAUGCUACAAACAAGAUAUUUAUUUUGUUCAUUUUGAAAACUUUUUUUUUGCAAAAUAACAAAUCAAUCAGUCGCAUUCAGUGAACCCCAGAUCAUUAUGUAACUGCAAUUUUUUUUUGCUGAAAAAUUAUAAAUGAAAUAAACAAUUCUUUUUUGGUAUUUGGUGUUGGGAAAGACACCAAAUAUUGUAUUAAAAGGACACUUGAUUCCA